AUGAUCUCGCAGACCUUUGAUGAAGAGUCUCCCCAGCUUUUGAUUCAGCUCACCUUCCUUUCGUCUAACACCCAAGUCGAGUACUGGAUACUUGCUUGGCUUUUUUGCAUUCCGUUUCACACUACUACGCAUUUUUACGACAAGUUCCGUUCAACGUCCCUUUUUACGAUGCGUGCGUCCACUGUCGCUCUUCUUGCUAUCGCCACCGUCGCGGCAACUCCCGUCAUCGCCGGUCCAGUUCACUUCAUUGACGGGUUCCACCCUCGCAUCGGCGUCGUCGAGCACCCAUCUGUCGCGCGUGAGGACGUGCUCGACCGACGCGAUCCCUAUCGACCUCGGCCGACUGGGCCGAUAGGCGGUGGAAGGUUCCGAGGAAAGCGAGGCGAGGACAUGCUCGAGAGUCGCGGACGUGGAAGUGCCGGUGGUGAUGUCCGAGGGAAACGUGAUGACGAUGUCCUCGAGAGACGCGGACGUGGAAGUGCCGGUGGAAACGUUCGAGGGAAACGCGGUGACGACCUGCUCGAGCGGCGCGAUCCCUAUCAACGCCCUGGACCAGCUGGACCAGUGAGAGGCUGGCCAGUAAAACCGCGCGAGGAGCUGUUGGAGCGUGAGGACUUGCUGGAGUCGCGGGAACCCUUAUACGGGUUCAGGAUCGGCACCGUCGUGCGCCCGUCGCGGGUUCGCCGGGAUCUGCUGGAGAGGGAGGAGUUGUUCGAGCGUCAGGCAGAGCUCGAGCAGCGCGAAUCCCUUGAAGAGCUGAACUGA